AAAUAGAUCCAUCCCAGAUCCUAUACUUUCCAUGAUAAACGCCUUGUGUCGGCUUGUAAAGAUUUGUCGGAGGCAGCAUGUAGGGGGGUAUCCGCGAGGUAUUUACAACACUGCAUCGGGAUUUUUAAAUAGUGCAUAAUAACCAACUUAAAUUAAUUUUGCUUCCCAUUGUACGCCCUAAAAAUUAAAUAAUUUAUGAGCUGCGAUCUGCAAUCAAAGUGAACAGUCGGGAUAAGAAGGCGAAUCAGCAGCCACGGUUUUUCCCUUUUUGCGGACUUUGAUGGAAGACUGGCAGCUUCUCCGAGGAUUAUUCUCUAGGUGCAGCUGCGCGAGCGGCUUGGGCUCCGUUCCGAUCGCACUUUCCCGGCUGAGCUGCUCCAUCACUGUUACAGCGUUUUCUAUGCUAAACAGCGCUGGCUUGUUUAAUGCGGAUCACUCCUUCCUAGUUGCUCAGCUAUAGCCGGGCGGCGAUAAUAGUAUGGAUCGCGCUUCUGCGGCUCUUCGAUAGGGACCUAUUCGCUUUCCGUGUGGAUUUUUUUAAACCAGUAUCGGAAAUUAUUUUUAAUAGUUUUUUUUGUUUGUUUUUUAAUUUUUUUUUCUGGAUUUUACAACGCAUUUCUUCUUUUUUUGCUGGAUUCAAAGGCACCCUUUUUCUAAAUAUACGCGCAUGGCAUAUAAAGAAUGAGAGGAUCUCGACUUUGUCGAGUCGUGGGGUAAGGGAGCAGUGUUCCCUGGAAGAAUUUAGCCAGAAUCCGAUGGAGCAAUAUGGGAAAAAAUGAGUGAGAAGACUCCAUUUCCCUGACCCUCGAUAGGCUGAGCGGGGCUGCUGUUCCUCGAUCCAGAUUUGUGACCCUGACUUACAAUGGAAAACCUGCUGGUUUACCUGCUGGUUAUUGGCAUGACAGUUAAGGCCCAGAUUUGUCCGAAACGCUGCAUCUGCCAGAUGUUGUCCCCCAACCUUGCGACCCUGUGUGCCAAAAAAGGGCUACUCUUCGUCCCACCAAAUAUUGACAGACAUACGGUCGAGCUCCGUCUGGGCGACAACUUUGUCACCAAUAUAAAAAGGAAGGACUUUGCUAAUAUGACCAGACUGGUGGAUCUUACCCUGUCCAGGAAUACAAUAAGCUUCAUCAUGCCUCACGCUUUCAUGGACCUGGAGAACCUGCGCGCCUUACACCUGAACAGCAACCGCCUGACGAGGAUAUCCAACGACACCUUCAGCGGCAUGUCCAAGCUGCACCAUCUGAUUCUCAACAACAACCAGCUCACCUUCAUCUACCUGGGAGCUUUUAAUGACCUUCUGGCUUUGGAGGAGCUGGAUCUGUCCUACAACAACCUUGAGACAAUCCCUUGGGAGGCUAUCCAGAGGAUGACCAACUUGCACACACUCAGCCUGGACCACAACAUGAUCGAAUACAUCCCUGAGGGCACCUUCGCCAACCUGCAGAAGCUGAACCGCCUGGAUGUGACCUCCAACAAGCUCCAGAAGCUCCCGCCUGAUCCACUGUUCUUGAGGGCACAGGUUCUGGCCACAUCAGGAACCAUGAGCUCGACCUCCUUUGCGCUGAGCUUCGGGGGAAACCCGCUGCACUGCAACUGUGAGCUGCUCUGGUUGCGACGACUGAGUCGCGAGGAUGACCUAGAGACCUGCGCCUCGCCCUCUCACCUGUCAGGCCGCUACUUCUGGUCCGUCCCCGAGGAGGAGUUCCUUUGUGAGCCUCCCCUCAUCACUCGGCACACCCAGGAGCUGCGGGUGUUAGAGGGCCAGCAGGUGGCGCUACGCUGCAAGGCUCGGGGUGAUCCUGAGCCUGCCAUUCACUGGAUCUCCCCAGAAGGCAAGCUGGUUUCCAACACUACCCGCACCGUAGUCUAUGCCAACGGCACGCUGGACAUCAUGAUAACUACGGUGAAGGACUCCGGCUCCUUCACCUGCAUCUCCUCCAACCCAGCAGGUGAAGCUCAUCAGAUGGUGGACCUCUUCAUUAUCAAGCUGCCGCACUUCUCCAACAACACCAACGGCAUGCAGGAGCCAGACCCCGGCUCCUCGGAUAUCUCCACCUCUGCCAGAGCCGGCGCUGGUGGCAACCAGACCGGCGGUGCCAAGACCAGCUUGGAGAAGCGCGUACUGGUCUCCGAGGCCACAUCAUCCACUGCCCUUAUCAAGUUCAACUUCCAGAGGAACAUACCUGGAAUCCGUAUGUUCCAGAUCCAGUACAAUGGCACUUACGAUGACUCUCUCGUGUACAGGAUGAUACCCCCUGCAAGCAAGCAGUUCCUGGUGAACAAUCUAGCAGCGGGGACGCAGUACGACCUGUGCGUCUUGGCCAUCUACGACGACGGCGUCACCUCCCUCACAGCCACGCGCGUUCUGGGCUGCGUCCAGUUCUCCACCGAGUCCGAGUAUCUCCGCUGCCACUUCAUGCAGUCCCAGUUCCUGGGCGGCACCAUGAUCAUCAUCAUCGGCGGCAUCAUCGUGGCCUCGGUACUGGUCUUCAUCAUCAUCCUUAUGAUCCGCUAUAAGGUGUGCAAUGCCGGUGACGGGAAGGGGGGCAAGUCCAGCGACGUUUAUUCCCAGACGGCUGAGCUGAGGCUGCAGCGCUGCUCCGUCACCCCAUCCACUUCCCAGCAAGCUCUGGGGCUGGAGGGCGACGCCCCCCUAAAGCCGACAGCCACCUCCGAAGGGGUGACGCACUCCUCAGAAAGCUCCCUCCCUGAGUGCUCCACCGCCACCUCCGUGGUGAGCCAGAGCUCCACCCCCGGCUCUUUCGGCUCCCUGAAAGCAAAACGGAGGGCCCCCCCCAAGCCCUUCCCCGAGACUAAAGGAGAGGCCCCGGUCAGCAUGGAGAUGCAGAACACGAACCGGAACAACUCCACCACGCCCAAGCCGUCCCCCAAUCCAUUCCCAACCGUCCCUGCAAAGCCGGCAUGCUUCAGAAAGACGAAGCCUCCCAGGCCAGCCUCCAGGUACCUAACUGUACCAGCAGGAGGCGCCAAACAGAGCAAACAGCGCAGGUACUCACUCAUCGAGGGCUCGUCCAAACUUUACGGCUCCUCCCCGCUGGGGCAGGGGAGCAUGUGGUCUCAGCGCAGCCUGUCAAUGAACCGGGUGCUGCCCCAGCUGGAGGUUCUGGACAGGGAUGGCAGGAAGGGAACAUCCUCUAGCUCCGAGUGGAUCCUGGAGAGCACUGUGUGACUGGAUCAUGUCCUCCCAGUGCAUUUGGCUCCGCCGGAUCCAGCAAACGCACACGGCGACAAUAUCCUCGCCCUGUCGGAAUCUCCAGUUCCUAUCGGGCCCCUUUUGAAGACUAGCUAACCCCCCCCCCAGAUAGGCAUGGAGUUAUUUUCCAGGGUACUCCUGUGUUGAAAUGCGCCAAGCGGAUGUCCAGUAUGAUAUCGGGAACAGACGGUCACAUUUCACAAAACGCCUUUCUAGAUGGAAAUUCCAUUUCCUGCAUAUUCCAGAGACAACAGACAAGCUAUCCCUGGAUUUCCUGUUUUGAAUUUUUUCAAAGGGAAAUUCCAAGUAUUAUUUUUAAUCAGUGACACUGAUACAUCAUUGAUUUAUAGGCACAAAAAAAAAAUGAAUAAACUCUUGUACAGAAAUACAACGAUUUGCUGUGUUGUUAUGUUGUGUAAAAUAAAAUACAAAACACCUAUGCUCCAAUUUCUCUACGGAUUAUUUCCCCAGAAAUGCGGCUUAUGUUAAAAUAGAAUGUCUUCUGUUUGAUUCUUCAUGGAAAUUAAUCUUGGUAUUCUUGCUAUCAAUGGAAGUGGUUCAAAAAUAUACUGACACAAUAUAUUCCAGGCAUCCCAUUGUUUAUUUAUUAUUAUUUACCAGCUUGCUGCUGCCAACUGAAAUAAGAGCUGAUUGAUCUCUUGAUAACGAGACAAUUGUGUCACAGCAUAAGAGAAAGAUGAGUGAGCACCACUCUACUUAUAAUCUUUUAAAUCUAAACUCCUCAGAUUCUCAAAAAAAAAACCACAUUUCUCUUACACCGCUGCUGGGAUUGUCUGCUUCCAAUUCCGUUUUGUGUCGAAUACGGGGGGAAAAAAAUCCCAUUUCUCGAGAAACGAUUCGUCUGCCUUGCUAGCCAUGAUAUCAGUUUAUGAGAUAAUUCAGAGUUUAAUCGAUUUAAUGAGCUCACAGGUUUGCUAAUAACUGGCAUCAUGAUUGCAGCCUUAAGUUCAAUCACAAGCCUUAUCUCAGCUUAUUGUAGGAAGUCUUAUUUUAUUAUUGAGAAAUGACAUAUCAGGUAACAGCGAAACAGGUUAUUUUAUAAUUGCAAGGUCAUUUUCAUCAAUAUUAAGAGGUAUCUUGAUAUUAAAGUGUAAAGCAGCUUUCAGUUGGCAGCAAAACAAUGAUACCCGUACUAAAGGCUCACAUUUUAUUAUAAACGUUGUAGAUACUAACACCAUUGAGCUGAGUGGUUCCUCAAACUGGGUGUUGGGUGGGCAAAUGUGUGUGUUUGUGUAUGUGCGUCUUUGUCUGAAGAGGAUGACCUGUAAAUGCCUGUGAUAUAAACAAUUACAAAUAUAAGUAUGAUGCAUUCUGAGAGAACAAGAGAAAUUGCUGCAGAAUAAUCUGCUUUGUAGUUCACAGAAACGUGUCGCAUUUGAAAAUCAUCACCCAUGGCAGGACAAAGCAUUCUUUUGGACUGUAGAUCAGAAUCAUUUUAGUACAAAAUCCUGUGCGCUAAAUUUUGAUGUUGUUGUAUUACUCCACAUUUUGUUUACCUCAUUGUGAUAUUUCUCCUAGUUUAUUGAAGCUUUAACUGGAAUG